CACUAAACAUAAGAAUGUGCAGAGCUUCAGGGAGUUAGUGUUAUAUACUCCGGCUACUGGUUAGCUGUUACAACGUAGCAUGGUUAUGUGUUAGAGGGUCGUUUUGAACAACAGGAUUGUGUAUUUAAUAAUAUUUAACCAAUCAAAGUUCAGGAUACUUUGAAACUGUCAGAGGAAGUUGAGAAAGACUCGCACGCGCGCGUUUGUGUGGUGUGUGUGUGUGUGUAUAUAUAUGUGUGUGUGUGUAUGUGUGUAUGUAUAUACAUAUGUAUGUAUGUAUGUGUGUGUGUGUAAAAAAAGCCUCAAGCAUUUGAGAGAGACCUUGCCAUGUGGAGAAGAAGCCUGGAGUCAUUAUAAGGACAAGUAAUCAUGCGUCGCUUCAGUUCAGAAGGAUCUCUCCUGGGCCUGGACCUCAUUCACUGGAACAGUGUGUCUCACAGGAAUGACCACUCUGAUGUAGUAAACACAGCCCGCACUUAUAAAACCCCACCACGGCGGGGGGACGAAGUGGAUAACAGAGCGGCGUCUCUGCCCACUACACCAGCUGCUUUGCAGGACCCCAUGAGCAAAUCAGCGAAGGAUCUUUCCAAGGAGCUCAGCUUUAGUGUUGAGGAUCUUACAGAUCAAAACAUACCAGCUGGCUUGCUCAAGGUCACCAAUCUUAACGAGAGUUUCAAAGCAUAUAGUGACAGUCAGUUGGCACCACAUUCCGUCAGCAGCGAUGAGAGUGUAGAGAAAGAUGACGGUCAAUCCCCAUCCCCGUCGUCCACGCCCUUCUGUUUUCACUCGGGCUCUGGGACACACCAUAAUAGGCAUCAUGUUCGGGCCAAGCUGUCGUCUGCCAAAUUACAUCUGAAGAGUCUGUUUGGACAGAGCCCCCACACUUCCAGUCCCAGUCUCACAGUACCAGACCCCAAAGAGCAGGAAAGCAGCACCAAACAGCGACGAUCCCGAUUCACAAAGCAGUGGAGUGAGGUUGGUCACGCGAAGACACUGCUCAGCAGGGCAGAGCUGGAGAAAUGGGCCGAGUCCCUCGAUGUCGUUAUCAACAGCAGAGUGGCCCUAUCUGUGUUUGGUGCAUUCCUGCGCUCACAGUUCUCCGAAGAGAACCUGCAGUUCUACAUGGCCUGCGAGCAAUACAGACAUUCGUCCAACACCUUCAGCCUGGGCCGCCGCGCCAAGGAGAUCACCGCUACCUACAUUCAGGCCGGUGCGCCUCGUGAGGUAAAUCUGGACAGUAAGACUCGAGAUUUGACUCUGCAGCUGCUGAAAGCUCCCUCUCGCAGCUCCCUGUGUCACGCUCAGAAACGUAUCCGUGCCCUACUGGAAUUCGACUGUUACCCUCGCUUCCUGCAGUCCAGCAUCUACCUCACGCUCCUACAGGACGCUCAUUAAGAACACGAGUCACGGAGGCAUUCUGAGGGCAUUUAACAGACUGAUGAAGACAACAGCACAGACGGUGCCGAUUGUGGACUCUAGCUUGGAAAUAAUCAAGAAUUAAUAACGAUAGAAUAAUCAAAACUUCUUUUUCUGCUCUUAAGUUAAGAUAUUGACAGAAAUAGUGUAGCGGAUUAAAUGAACAGGGAGGGGGAGCGCCGAUGUUUUCUUUACUCUGUAGUCAGCCAGCAGUCUUAGGUUAGCUCAUGCGUGCACUAACUUGUAAUCAUUACCUAAGUUGUUCCCUCCCAUCAUGCUUCAGUGAGCUUACAGAAAGCAACAACUCGUCAGGCCAGAUCGGCCUCCUCUCCUAGGGUCACGGCACUGGAAGUACAGGAAUAUCAGGACAUUUUUCCAGGAAUUCCUUCCUACCUGUGUCAACAUGCACGCUUGGCAGAAGACCAGUGACGGUUGUAAAGUGACCCAAAGCGCGUUGUGUAUAGAAUUCCUUACUGUUGUUUAUGUCUCUAAUGGUUUGGGAUAUUAAGAAAUAAAUCAUGUUUUUCUGAAGAAUCUGAUCCCUAAACAGAAGUCGGAGCAUGUUUUAUUAUUUGUGAUCCUUCUGCAUUAGUCACAAGAUACCGCUGUCAUGUUUUUACGUCCUCGUUUCCGUUACUGUCUCUCACGAGUACACAACGUUGCUGCAGGAUGGAUCCACACAAGUGAAUGUUAGAGAGUGAGAUUGCAGCUUUCAAGAAUUUCCCUAGUUGUUACCGUGCAUGUUGACUGCGCGAAAUCCCACACCGACGAACCUUUUUGUCUUUUGUUUUGCUUCACAAAAGCGGCCGCAUGAAGAGACGCAAGAGUUUCGUUUUCUUGACUGUAGAACUCAGUAUCAUUUUCAGGAUGUCUGACAUGUCUAUCCUUCAAAGCAUAGCACGUUGAUAAGAUUGUCAUGAUUUGUGUGAAUUAACGUAACGGUGGUUGAAUAAAUAAAUAUAAUAAAGUUGA